AGUUGCUCCAAUCUCACGCAGAUGUUGCUGGUCCUGUACACGAGGGGAAUCAGCUUCAUGCCCCGAGUCAUGGACGUUUCGCACGGCGAGCAGAUGGAGCCCUGGUUUCUCGACAUGAGCCCCCUGGGAGAGUUGCCCGUGCUCAAACAUGGUGACAGUGUCUUCACCGACGUCAACCAGAUGAUGAUCUAUAUCGACCAGAUAUUCCCGUCCACAGAUCCGGUAGGGAAACUGUUCCCCGACAAAGGGACCGACCUCGGCAGUUUGGUGGAAAGCAUAGUCAAGGACCUUGGAAAAAUCAACAUCCCGUUGCUCGUGUACGGCACCCUGUUUCACCCCGAAAUGGCCAUCUCUUCGAGCAUGACAGACGAAGAGCAGAAGAAGAAGGCCGCUCUGGUUAAACAGGGCAAGGCGCAGAUACUCGAGCUGAUGGAGCGUAACCCGGACUACGUGAGCUCGUACGUGGAAAAGCAGCGCGCGUACGACACCUUCCUGGGCCUCGCUCAAUCAGAGAAUGCCGUCAACAAAGAGCUUGAGGAAGUCGAGAAGGUCAUGGACAGCAUGGAAGACUUGCUCAACUCGAGGAAGCUCUCCGGCAACAGCACGCCUGAUGCAACACAGACGUGGUUGUUCUCUAUCUAUGUGUCAGCAGCCGAUGUCCAUCUCAUGGUACUGCUACAUGCUGUCUACAAGGCAGGCCUGUGGGAUCGUUACUUUGAGAAGACACAGAAGAAGCACAAAAACCUGACGAGAUACUUCAAGAGGAUGAAGCAUGACCCUCUCAUCAGCAAAGCACUCCCAGGGCUUAUCAAGUAG